AACAAGUUAACAACACAAUAUUUCUACUCUCAAUUUCUUCACCAUUCUCUCCAGCCCCUACAAUCAUAAUCACAAAUUAACCAACACCAUGAAGCAAAUUGUGGUGCUCAGGGUGUCCAUGGAUGGGCAGAGGUCUUUUUUCUGUAUUAUGGCUGGACAGGAGGCCCGCACCAAAGCCUUGAAGAUUGCAGUUAGCGUUAAAGGGGUGGAAGCGGCAUGUUUGAAAGGGAAGGACAAGGAACAGAUAGAGGUGAAAGGGGAAGGGAUUGACACCGUCAAACUUACGACGUUGAUCCGGAAGAAAGUGGGGCAUGCAGAUAUAGUAAGCGUGAAGGAAGACAAGAAAGAAGAGAAAAAGCCUGAGGCAGUGCAAGUGCUGUGGCCGUACGUGAAUGGUGUGCCUUCCUACCCAAUCCACCAGGAGGACCCGUACAGUGCUCCUUGCUCCAUCAUGUAACUAUUUACUUAUCAAUAUAUAUAUAUAUAUAUAUGGAGAGUAAUUUCCAUAUAUAUCGUUUCGAUCUCUUCUGUUUCUCACGUGUUAUGGAUUUUCAAUUAAUUUUGCUGCAAACU